CUCUCUUAACCCCGAAGUAUCCAACCCCUUCUUCUCUUCUUCCUCAAAUUCUUUCGCUAUAAAAACCCCUAAUUUAUUUUUAGAUCGAUUCAUCGAUCUCCGUUCAUCGGAAAAUCAUGGAAAAGUUCUUCGGCUCCGUCGGAUCCUUCUUCACCGGCGGCGACAACAUCCCCUGGUGCGAUCGCGACAUCAUCGCCGGUUGUGAGAGAGAGGUUGCGGAGGGCGGGAGCACGGAGAACAAGAAUGAUAGUCUCAUGAGGUUAUCAUGGGCUCUUGUUCAUUCCAGACAGCCAGAAGACGUGAACCGGGGAAUAGCCAUGCUUGAAGCCUCAUUGGCGAAUUCCAAUAGCCCCCUGCAAAUAAGAGAGAAACUUUAUCUUUUGGCCGUUGGACACUAUAGAAGUGGGGACUAUUCAAGGAGUAGGCAGCUUGUGGGAAGAUGUUUGGAGAUUGCACCUGAUUGGAGGCAGGCCUUGUCUCUGAAGAAAGUGGUGGAAGAUAAAAUUGCAAAAGAUGGUGUGAUUGGCAUUGGCAUAGCUGCUACCGCUGUUGGACUGUUGGUGGGUGGAGUAGCUGCUGCUGCUGCUGCUGCUGCUGGUCGAAAGAAGUGAAAUAACAAAUCAAGACCUUGUUUGUAACUCUUUCCUCUUGAUAUAAUGCCUUCUUCCCCAUGCCAUAUAUGUUCUCAUAGUUGUAUGAUGAUUUAACUUGUCAUGUGUUUUCUUGUUGGGUGUAAAAUGUGGCUGUACAUGCUCUUAUCUUUUGGUUAUUUUUUUCACAUUUGAAAUGAGUUUUUGUGUAUUCUUCCAACUGACUUAUGUAUAUUGUUGGUAAAAUCCUUGUUUAUCACACAUAGUGAAGAGCGUGUUUCUCAA